AUGUUGGACAUUGUCCAACCGACAGCUGCUGAUAUCAGUAGCGCCAUCCCGCAAACUGUAUCCUCCUCGAAUUCCAGUGAAACAUUGCCCACCAGUACCGAUGUGGUUGUGGUUCGUGCCAAACCAAAAAAGGUAUUCAAACCUAAGGCCCGCCUAAAUCGCAUUCCACAAUCGCUUCUCGAUGAUCCCGUACUGCAAAAGGCCAUCGAUCGCCUGCCGGCCAAUUACAAUUUUGAAAUCCAUAAAACAAUAUGGCGUAUCAAAGAGAUGAAAGCAAAGCGGGUGGCCUUGCAGCUACCUGAAGGUUUGCUGAUGUAUGCCAUGGUCAUUAGCGAUAUUAUCGAACGUUUCACAGAUGCCGAUACUGUUAUUAUGGGUGAUGUCACCUAUGGGGCCUGUUGUGUUGAUGACUACACAGCCAAGGCAUUGGGUGCGGAAUUAUUGGUCCAUUAUGGUCAUAGUUGUUUGAUACCCGUCGAUCAGACCGAGGGCAUUAAGGUGUUGUAUGUAUUUGUGGAUAUCAAAAUUGAUCCGUUGCAUUUUUUGGAUUCGGUGAAGUUGAAUUUCAAACCCGAAGAUGGACAAAUUGCCCUGGUUAGUACCAUACAAUUUGUAACCACUUUGCAGGCGGCUUCGGGUGAACUGAAAGCGGCUGGUUAUGAUGUGAUUGUGCCACAGGCCAAACCCCUUAGUCCUGGAGAAAUAUUGGGGUGCACUUCGCCUACCCUGCCCGAGACCACAAAAUUGAUUAUCUAUCUGGGGGAUGGUCGGUUUCAUUUGGAAUCGGCCAUGAUUGCAAAUCCCAAAGUGAAGGCCUAUAAAUAUGAUCCCUAUGAAAAGAAAUUCACAAUCGAGGAAUAUGACCAUUCGACCAUGCAAUCGAUGCGCUAUGGAGAAAUUGAAAAAGCCAAAAAUGCCAAGAAAAUCGGUAUAAUAUUGGGAACACUGGGCCGCCAGGGCAGCAGCCGGGUACACAAAUUCCUAGAGAAACGUCUAAGAGCCAAAGGUUUUGAUACCACUACCAUAUUACUCUCGGAAAUAUUCCCCCAGAAGUUAGCCCUAUUCGAUGACAUUGAUGCAUUUGUACAAAUUGCCUGCCCUCGCCUAUCCAUUGAUUGGGGUUCGGCUUUCAGUAAGCCCCUUCUAAAUCCCUAUGAACUCUCUGUGGUAUUGGGUGAUGUUGAAUAUACGCCACACAAUAAGGCACCCAAGGAGGAUGCCUAUCCCAUGGAUUUCUAUGCCAGUGGUAGUCUGGGGCCAUGGACCCCCAAUUUUAAACCUCCCGCCUUGGGUGAAUGUGAAAAUAAACCAUCGGCAGCGUGUUGUGGUCGUUGCACACGGGCCGAAUUGGAAAAGGAUGAUAGCGAUGCCGGUAAAUUGGCAGCCAUUGAUGAUAUUUUAGAUUUUAAAAAGGGAUAA